AUGAAGGUAAGAAUUGAAUUUACCGGAGGUUUAGAACUCCUUACUGGUAACAAAUCAAUAUUUGAUUUAGAUUGGCUUGAAGAAGAUAGCUUUUCCAUGAAAAAAUUAAUUUCAUACAUCAAAGAUACAGUUAUUGAAUCAAGAAAAGAUUACUUCGUUGAUAGUGAUGUAAAAAUAAAGCCUGGAAUCAUUGUAUUAGUAAAUAACUGUGACUGGGAUAUUGUAGGAGGGGAGAAUUACCAGGUAAAAGAUGGAGAUUUGGUUACAUUUAUUUCAACAUUGCACGGUGGUUAG